GUAGUUGCGGUUUUUUCUCUGUGAUUAGUACCUGCUGCCUUUGCCUUGUUCUUUCUUUGCUGUUCCCCUUUCAAUGCCAUGUUCUUCUUUCUCUCUCUAAAACCCCAACUUUCUCUCUCUACCCUUUUUCACUCCCCCUUCUUUUUCUCUCUUCUUUUCCUUUCCCAUUCUUUGUCUUAGCCCCCUUUUUUUUGGGUUUUUUUCAGCUGAUCUUUGUCCAUGGAUUUUGAUUAGCUUUUCUGUUGAUUUUCUGGGAAAAAAGGUUUGAUCUCUUUUGGGUAGUUUAUGGAGGAAAUUAUCAGCACCUUUCUCAAUUCUUUUUUAAUAAUUAGUAAAUUGACAAAUUUAUGAGUUUUUUUUUGGUUUUAAAUUAUUUGUUUUCUGAUUAAGAUAGGAAAAAAAACCCAAAUUUAAGAUUCCUUUUUUCUUCUCCUUUUUUGCAAAUUAUAAAGUUUUUCAGUCAUCAAUCUUUAUUUGUUUCUUUUUAUCUUUUGGCCGAUUCUGAGAUUUUUUUUUUGUUUUGUUUUUUAUUGGGAAAAACCACUUUAUGAGAUUGAAUUUGUUGAUUGAUGUGAUCAUUUAGAUUGAAACAAGAAAAAGGGUAUCUGGAAAUUGUAGUAUAAGAUCAUUAUUUUAGUGAUUUGAAGGGGAAAAAAAACUCAAACAGGGUAUGUUUAUUUAGCUGUGAUUUCAAUAGGGUUUGCUUUAAGAUUUAGAAUUUUAAGGUGUUUGAAGAACAAAUUCAAGGUAUACUAUCAAUCAUUGAAUUGAAAAAAAAAAGUAUGUAACAGAAAUUGAACAUUAGCUAGAAAAAUAAGAAAAGGGGGUGUUUGUUUGAACAAUUAGUGACGGAUCCAUCAAAAGAAACAGGGGUUAUUACUGUGUGGCUGGUCUGGAUUGCAUAUUAAGCAUUAUCAGGGCCCUCAGAAUGGGGUCCUGCUUUUCUGCUGAAAGCAGGAGCCCUCUCCCUGGUUCGCCUCUAUCUCCACAUUUGGCGAACAUGAAGAAGAGGAACUCGAGGAAGAGACUCGGUUCUCGAGGCUCUUCCUUCGAAUACCGUAAGGACGAAGCGUUGCAUAGGAUUCCAGGGAGGUUUUUCUUGAAUGGGUCCACUGAUGUUGCUUCACUCUUUACUCAACAGGGCAAGAAAGGAACCAACCAAGAUGCCAUGAUUGUUUGGGAGAAUUUCGGUUCGAGAACAGAUACGGUAUUCUGUGGUAUUUUUGACGGGCACGGUCCGUACGGUCAUUUGGUAGCAAAGAGGGUGAGAGACCAUCUUCCGUUAAAGCUGAGUGCUCAUUGGGAAGCUAAUGUAUCCAGUGAGGAUGUUUUUAGAGACUUCAGUUUAGGAAGCAUGACCUCUGAAAAUAUGUCUCUUUUAUCAGUAGACAAGGAAUCUAGGCCUUCCAUAGAUUUUCUGGAAUCAGAAAAGCACCCCGAUAUCUUCGAGACCCUUAAAGAGUCUUUUCUUAAGGCUUUCAAAGCGAUGGACAGGGAACUUAGGGUGCACCCAAGUAUUGAUAGCUUCUGCAGUGGGACAACGGCUGUAACUUUAGUCAAGCAGGGUCCAUAUCUUGUCAUUGGAAAUCUUGGGGACUCCAGAGCUGUGUUGGGUACGAGGGACAAAAACAAUAUGCUUACUGCAGUUCAGUUAACUGUCGAUCUCAAACCGAAUCUUCCCGCGGAAGCAGAGAGGAUUCGAAGAUGUAAAGGUCGUGUAUUUGCUCUUCGUGAUGAACCUGAGGUUACCCGAGUUUGGCUACCAAACAAUGAUUCACCUGGCCUUGCCAUGGCUCGGGCUUUCGGAGAUUUUUGCCUAAAGGAUUUUGGCCUGAUCUCGGUGCCCGAAAUAACUUUUCGGCACUUAACGGAAAAUGACGAAUUUGUUGUCUUGGCUACAGAUGGGAUAUGGGAUGUCCUUUCAAAUGAAGAAGCAGUGGAGAUUAUAGGAUCUGCCCCAGCUCGUUCCUCUGCGGCUCGAGCAUUAGUUGAGGUAGCAAUCCGAGCUUGGAGAUAUAAAUACCCAACUUCAAAAGUCGAUGAUUGUGCUGUUGUUUGCCUCUUCCUCGAUUCUAAUUCGAACCAUUUGUCGACCGCUUCUAACGGCAAUACCGAAGUGCAGCCAACUUCGAAGGACCAACUCGACAAUGACAUCGAGGAAAACAAUAAUCUCGAUGUAUUGACCCCUCUCAACCAGUCCGGGAUCACCAGAACAGAAGAAGAAACAUCCCUAGAAGGGAACGAAGAUCCCUCAAAGCUGGAGGAUAUGAAUUCGGACAUGGGAAUAAAUUGGUCUGCCCUCGAAGGGGUGUCUCGUGUCAAUACGCUCGUUAAUCUCCCGAGGUUUAUUCCGGAAAAGGAGAAGGCUGGGAAGUAAAAAGGUACCUUGCUUUUCCCUUGGAUUAAAAUUUUUGUAACUUUUUUUUUCCAUGCAUUUUAGUGUGGGUAGAAUUGGAAAUUUUUGUAAAUCCAGCUCUAUCUUAUAUUUUAUCUUUUCCCCCUUAAUUUUUAUUAUUUUUAUCAUUUCAAGGUUCAUGUGUGAUUUGUUGGUAACUUCAUAUGCUGGUAAUAAAUUUGUUGACAAUGAAAGCUUCUUUAGGGUUUAAAUUGAGAUGAUAUUCCAUCC